AUGGUGCGUUUAUUGCAACAACAAAACAAUCAGAAGAAUGGAAAGCCAAUCACACAGUUUGCAUUGAUAAUCUUGGCGCUUUUCUUGAGUGUGGGGAAUCUAGCAAUCAGCCAAAGUAAGACAGACUUGGUUAGCGUGAAAUCUAUUAUCCAGACUUACUAUGAUUGGGCAUCUGAUGUCUUGAUGGGGGGAUUUAAUAAAUCCUUCAAUGAGAAUAGUAUUGGGGCUUUGCAGAACUAUGAGGAAGUAGGAGAAGUAGAGCAUACCAACACUACUCAUUGGUGUGUCAUAUCCCCCUCAAAGAUGCCAAUUAAAGUUCAAUGGUUUGAUCAUUUCCCACACUGCAUGGAAAUGACCCUGCCAUGCUGGUCCUGGUUUCGGUCACAACAUGCUACUAAUGAUUGUGGAUUUGUCCUUGUGGGAGGUCUCAGAUUUGAUAAGCAGGGAAACAGCACAUGGCAAAAUCAGCUUGUUACAAAACACAUGGGUUGUAAGGUUUGGCAUGUACCCAAUGAGCAAUCCAUAUCCCGCGAUGAAGGGGUUUUCCACAGCCCAAAUUUGAAAUUCUUGAGACCCACAUUUGGACGUCGUGGUUACUUGCAGAAUCCUGAUGAUGCACAAGCAUUGAGAAGAGUUGUGGGGGUGUCGGAUGCCUGGGUGGCAUCCCAGAAGGGCAAUGGGAAGCCACUUCAGAUUGGUAUCAUUCAAAGAACUGAAAAGAGAGUCGUGACCAAUAUGAAUGAUGUCGCCAAGGGCCUGCAGCAAGCACUGCCUGAAGCCAAUAUUGCAAUAUCCACAUUUGGUUACCCAACUGUACUUGAACAGGCCAAAUGGUUUGCUUCCAUGGAUGUCAUUGUGGCCGUCCAUGGAGCUGCCCUUACCAAUUCAGUUUUUGCAACCAAGGGAACGUUUAUUCUUCAGCUGUAUCCUCCUGGAUUUCAUUUUCAGUCCCUGGAACCCUUGAUUGAACAGAGUGGGGCAAUUGCCCUUGACUGGUACAAGGGGGAUCAUCCAGUGGAGGAAUUUCUGACUGUCACAGCAAAGAAUCCUGCUCUGAAGAAUACUUUGCAGCAUCAGGACUUUGAAGUUCCUGUUGAUGAGAUUGUUGACAUCCUGCUUGUAGCAUUGGAUAAGAAGGAAGCCACUCCACUAAUGAUGAAGAAAUCUUCAAUCUACUGA